CUAAUACCGAAUAACAAUUGAAAUUCAAUCCCAAUCCCAAUUCCAGGAAAUAAUACGUGUAUUCGGUUAUACCAAAUAUAGACAAAUUCGGUACGGUAUACGGUAUAUCCCAAAUACCGGUACCAAACUUCCAGCCCUAGUUGCAUCCCAUCUGUGUUUUUUUAUUUAUAUAUAUUACUUAUUAAAGUGUAUAUAUAUAUGUGUGAUUUUGUUACAAUAUAAUAUUUUAGAUGGUUAGUCACUUAACAUUUGUAUACUCUUUAUAAUACACAUUAAAUAUCUGAACAUUUAUCUUAUCUCUCAAAUAAAUUACAAAAAAAAGUUCAGAAUCCAAUAGCCCCAUGUAACCUUAGCUUGGAGUUUCGUUUGUGGCCGACCACAUAUAAUCGACUAGUUCUACUAUGCUGCCAAUCAGGUAGAUUGCAUUUUCAAUUAGGUAAACCACGUUUCCUAUUAUAAAAUAUUAAUGAACACAUUGACAAAUCCAUAACUAGGAUGGAAUAAAAAAAAAAUUGACAACAUUGAAGAAGUACAAAUAUAAAGUUAGGACUUGAAAAUUUGAGUUAUGGAAACUUAACAAUGUGCAAAAUGGUUGCUCCUUCAUAUGCUUCGGAAGUUAUGCAGCUUUGUCUUCCAUUUGUUUCUUUGUAAUUGUCUUUACUGUGUUCAUGCUUUUAGCUUUCGAGGUUUAAUUUCUCCUCUUGAGUUGUCAAUAAAAAAACUUUUAUUAAGAUAUAUCAAUAAAUAAAAUUUGAUGUAACUUAUAGACCUAUCUAUCAAUAUAUUUACCAAAGGAUGAGUGGUCGACCUAGAUAAGCCUGUGGUUGACCCGAUUAUCAAUGUGAUCGACUUAUUUUGUAAGUGUGAUCGACUUGAUCAACCGUGUAUCCGAUCUAAUCUGUCAAUAUGAUCAACUUCACCAGUUUAUGACCUACCGAACACACGUAACAAACUUCAAGUAAAAUUUACUUUCAUGUAUUGUAACUUGUAAGUUGUGGGAAACAAACUCUUAUAAUGUUUUAAGUAGCUAAUUAAUUUUCUAGAACUUGUUCUAAAGACAAUAUAAAAUACAGUAGAAACAUAAAACGAGGAAAAUCAUUUCAAAUUUUUUAAAAUGAAAUAUUAAGAUAAAAGGCAACUAAAGAAACAUGUCCAAAUACAUUUUUACCGCCAUGACCAAAUACAGUUAGUGGUUGUUACCGAACUCUUUUGGUGGAAAAGUAAGAUCAAGAAUCAAAACUAAUCUCGUUUGGUGGAAAGAAUAUGCAAUUAGUGGUUGUUACCGAACUCUUUUGCUCGAUCUCUUUUGGCAGCUAGGGUUUUGUAACCCCAUGUCGGCGGAACCCCCGCCGCCGGCGGGUGGAGGAUCGGGGACGUCGCACCAAACCGAUACCAGUGCGGGCCAAAGACGCCCUCCCACAGAGUCGUCAUCCCCGAACCCUAAAGGUGACCGGGAGGCGCAACAUGCUAAGAAGAAAGCGAAACAAACUUACUCGUCGCCUAUUGUUGAAGAGAUCAGGGACGAAGUGCUCUCUGACGCGGAGGCUGAACUCAGCCCUACCCCCCAGCUCGACCAGCAGCAUGGACUCAGUCCAUGGGAGCGGCUAGGAAGCUGUUCGGCGAGACAAAAUGCCUGGACGAAUGGUACAUAGCCGAUUCGGACUCGGAAGAUGUAGCGGCUGCUAUUAGGGAAGACGGGCAGGAGGCUCCGUUUGAAGCGGAUGAGGAUCCCAAGUGUCCUCCAAUCCUUUUUUCUGCUGCCGAGGAAAGGACCUUCUGCCGGGAUCUCAGAUCGGCUUUGGUGGUGAAGGCUUUGGGGCGAGCAGUCUCCUACACUGCCAUGUCGAUCAGACUGAACACAAUAUGGGCAAAAGCGGGAGGCAUCCAGGUUACCUCAAUGAAGAAUGGAUAUUUUCUAAUCCGAUUCAUGAACGGAAUGGAUUAUGAACGUGCGAUCACGGGAGGACCAUGGAUGAUCGGCUCGAAUUACCUCACAGUGCAUAUGUGGGACAGGUACUUUUACCCCUACGGCCAUGAAAUAUCAUCUACGGUGGUCUGGGCACGCCUACUGGAUCUUCCUAUCCACUUCUUCCACCAUGAUGCGGUGAUGAAGAUAGGGCGCAGAAUGGGGAAACCUAUUCGCAUCGAUGGUGCAACCCGGACCAAGGCACGCAGCGACUAUGCCCGUGUUUGUGUCCAGGUCGAUCUUACUCAACCUCUCCUUUCACAGUUCACAAUUCAUGGGAAGAAGUAUUUCAUUCAAUAUGAAGGCUUGGAAAGAAUCUGUCUAAACUGUGGCACAUAUUCCGAACAUGGCUACUGCCCAUGCACGAAGACACAUGCGCCGAUGGAGGAGGAGAAAACAGCUGAUGAAACGGUGAAAGAAACAAGGCCAACAGAUUCUCUUUAUGGGGAAUGGAUGAUUGCAAAACGCAAGCCAAGACCACCUCGCAAAGAUCCAUCAACGCAGACUGAGAAGGGGGAUACCAACGUCCAUCAUGGGCACAAAACCCGAGCAUCCCAUGCAAGCGGUUCCCGGUUCGACGUACUACAUGAGGAAGGGGACAGGGAGAUGAGUCCUCGACCAAGUCAGGUAACGGAGGCAGCCGCCAAUGUGAACAUAUAUAAAGACAAGGUCCACAGCGGAAAUUCUGGGAGCUCCAAGGGGAAAAAAGGUACGGGGUCAAGCCCGACUUUGCCUACAGCAGAAAGGGGGACGCCAACUCACACUUCCUCGCAGGCCCCGGAUGAAAUCCAGAACUCUAGACCAAUGCAGACCCAAAAUUUGUCGAGUGCUACGAUAUCUGAGACUGGGGUUGAGUCCCACGUUGCGGGUGGGCCUGCGAAUGAAGUAAGGCAGAUGCAAUCGAGCAAGGCUGAUAUUCAAGCUCCCAAUGUUGCACAUGUAGUGAAGAAAGAAAUUAAGGACAAACCUCCAGACUCGACGCAAAAAAAUCCAAUAGCCAAGAUGCAGCAUGCGAAACGUGAUGAGACGAAUGCCAAGGUGGCGAUGAAUAUCGAUGGGAACAACCUAUCGGCGACUUGAUCAAAGGGAGUCUCUUUCCACCUCUUAUUUAUGGAUUGUAAAAUCUUUUCUUGGAAUUGUAGAGGGGCAGGGAGUAGAGGUUUCUUACGUGCU